CCGGAGGCAUGCCGGGGCUACUUUGAUGUGAUGGGCCAGUGGGACGAAGCUUUCAAUUGCAGCGUCCGGGGCUACCCGUUUUGCUGUGGCACGUGCGGCUUCCGUUUCUGCUGCCAGGAUCAGAAGAGACGGUUGGACCAGGAGGUCUGCACCAACUACAUCAAGCCCCCCUGGCUGAACGGGCGCAAGAUGACCAACCGGCCCAUGGACUCAUCCCACGACCCCACCCGUGACAAGACCAACCUCAUCGUCUACAUCAUCUGUGGGGUGGUGGCUGUCAUGGUGUUGGUGGGUAUCUUCACCAAACUGGGGCUGGAGAAAGCACACCGGCCCCAGCGGGAACACAUGUCCAGAGCUCUGGCUGAUGUGAUGAGACCAGAAGGUGCCUGCACCACAGAUCACAUGGAAACCGAUCUCAAUAUCGUGGUUCACAUGCAGCAUUAUGAGAACAUGGAGACAAGAGCGCCGGCUAACAACUUACAUGCCACCCAGAUGAAUAAUGUCGUACCGACCUCACCUCUGCUUCCACAACUGGCUCACCCACACUCUUACCCAAGCAUGGGACAGAUUACAAAUCCAUACGAACAGCAGCCUCCAGGAAAGGAACUGAAUAAGUAUGCAUCGUUAAAAGCAGUAGGGAGCAAACAGGGUCAAGUCUGGGCCGUAAAUUACAUGGGGUCAGACAAAGCAGACAAAGGUAACGAAGAUUUCUACUCCAAACGGCGUCACCUGGCCGAGCUGGCUGCCAAAGGGAGUCUCCCCUUGCACCCGGUCCACGUGGAGGAAGACCGGCCCUAUAUUUUGGAAGGGGGCACCAUGAAACAAAACGGACAGAAAUCCAAAGUCACCAAGCCGCAUAUGCACCCCUUGGCUUAUAAGACCUGGGACCCCAGUGACCAGUCCCUUCGAAGGCAAGCCUACGCAACCAAAGGGAGAAAUCUCAUGGGGGACCCCGCCGCCAGAGACCCCUUGACCACACGAAGUCAGCAUUAUUUACCCACACAGCCAUAUUUCAUCACUAACAGCAAAACAGAGGUGACUGUUUGAGAGGAAGUUCCCUUUGGGCUCCUUUUCUUCUUUUUUUUUUUUAAAGAAAGAAUUAAAAAAACAAAACAAAGCAAAGAUAUUGUCAAGAGGACAACCGUGGAAAAACAAACAAACAAACAAACCCAGGUUUCCCUUGAAGCCAGGAAAGUCCAAACCUCCCUGGUUGAAGAGACACGGGGGGUGAUCUCUUUCAAGGGAAGUCCCCUGUCAAAGACUGGGUCAGCACGACAUAGCAAUAUUUCCGAAGUUUGCUUAGACUUUUCUAUUCUACCUGGGAAAUUGACUCUUUCCGACGGAAUCCCCCUUUCCUUCUCCAAACUGACAUCCAUGAUGAGAAAGUAGCACAAUUUAGAGACCACCGUCCAUUGGCUUGAAACUCUUUUUUUCCCACCUUCCAGGAGCGGAAGGGAAAACUUUGAUACAAUCAGGAUUAUUAUUCCUGGGACGAUGAUGAUAAUGACGAUUAUUAUUUUUUUGCUACAAAUUUUCAGAAUGUUCUCUAGUAGUCACUCAGUCUGUGAACCGCAGAAGGCUGAAACUGAGAGCAGAGGCCGAAAAGGGCAUAAUCUGGA